AUGGAUGACAUACAUAUGAAUAACCGUAAUAUGCAUAGCUAUUAUUUGGACAAAAUUCAAAAAAACAUUAAUCAAAUAAAGAGGUCUAAUAAUAUGAGUUUAUUGAAAAAUAUGAAUGAAGGACAAUAUAAUUUAAAUAGUAAAAAAAAUACAAAUUAUGUAGAUAUAAACGAAAGCAAUCCAAACUAUGCAAAAAAUGGGCUUGCUAAUGAAUAUACCUACAAUCAAAAUAUAAAUUAUAAGCAAAAUGAAAAUAUAAAUUCAUCAUUAAAUAGAGGAAAAUAUAUUGUAUAUAAUAAUGGCCAUAUAAAAGACGACAUCAAUACAAAUUAUGAUUAUAAUAGUUAUGUUAAUAAAUAUAAAAAAUUUCCUGAUAAAAUAGCUUCCGAAAAUAGUCAUUAUAAUUAUGAUACAAUAAGAACCGAGCCAAACAACAUUUCAAAGGAUCUAAGAAAUGUUCAAUAUCCUUAUAAUAAUUCUAAGGUUGUGCAUGAUCAAAAUAAAGGGUUAAUAAUAAAUAGUCCAUGCUAUUCUAAAAUAAAUGACUGUAAUAAAAUCUAUUUAGCUAAUAUUAAUGAAAACAACCAUAUGUUUAAAAAUUGCCACAAUGGACAUAUGCGCAUGAAUGCUAGCGUUUUGUGUCCUAACCAUUUAAAAAAUAAUAAUAUUAAACAAGGUUAUAAUAAAAGUGAGCUGAAAAAAAAUAAUAAUAUGGAAAUGGUUUAUGAUGGCUAUUAUAAUAGUAAUGAUCGGGCUUAUAUGAAUGGCAAUAUAUAUAAUAAUAAUUUGGAUUACAAAAUUCAUGGAGAUUUAAUUAAUAUAAAUGAUAAUAAAACUGCUCAAUAUGUACCUGGUUAUUUUCCUCAUAAUGAAAAAAUGAAUAAAGAAUAUAACUAUGCUUUAAGAGCAGGCGAGCAUUUGAAUCAAAAUACCCACACGGGAUUCUAUAACAAUAAUAUGUGUAACAAUGUAGAAAAUAUUAAUAAUAUAUCUAAAAAUAUUUCAAGCUUUGAAACAAAUAAAAAUAAUUAUUUUGUGCAAGAACCUUCCUAUAUAGAAAAUGAUUUAAGACAACAUUUUGUGGAAAAUAAUUAUAACAGAUCAUUAAUAAAUAUAACAAAUAAUAAUUGUAGUAAAUCAACUAACAUAAAAAACCAAAAUAUAUAUAUUCCAAAUAAAGAACAUGUACAAUUAAAUAAUUCGGAAAUAAAUAAUAUCAAUAUAGAUUGUCUUAAGAAAAAUAAUGGAGCUAAUAAUGUACCUGUUGCAACAAAUUUAUAUCAGCCAUUAGAUGAAACUGGGAAAUGCCAAAAUAAAUUAUAUCCACAUUCAAUUUAUACAUCUAUCCCAAACAAUAACAAUAGUAGUAAUACCAAUUUGAAUGAAUUUGUAGAAUCAACUCAAAUAGAUGGAGAUAAAAAAGAAAAUUUUAUAAUCAAAAAUAAUUUAGAUCAUAAUAUUAAACAUAGUUUUACGAACAACGAGACAAUGGAUAAUGUAUUAGAAACUAAUCGAUAUUUUCUAAAUUCAUUUCAAAAAGAAAAAGAAGUAGAGAACGAAAAAAAAAUAUUAUUAUCACAAAAUGAAGAAGACAAUAUGAGUAAAAUAAGUGAAAAUGAAAAUAUUAGUUGUAAUUUUUUACCCACAAAAAUUAUAAAUUGUAUAUCAUUAAAUAAUAAUUCGAAAACAAAGAUUCAAAAUAAUACAAGUACAGAAAAUAACGUUCCUCUAAAUGCUGUAAAUUGUGUGAUGGACAAAGAUAUUGCAAUAAAUGAAAAGGAGAAAGAAAUAAUAAAAUGUAAUAAUAAUGAAAAGAAUUCGGAAAUACUUAAUGAAAUGGAAGUAAGUGACUUUGACCAAAUAAAGAGUUCUGAUAAUAAAAGCGAAGAAAAUACUAUAGAGUGCAAUAUUUUCAAUAUAAUGUGUAAUAGUGUAAGAAAGAAUUCAAAAACAGAAAAUUGUAAUAAUGAAAAGGAUGUAGAAAAUAAAAAAGAAGUUAACAAGUUUGAAGAAAAAAAUAAAAUAUCAGAUAUAUCAAGCAUUGAUAAUAAUUCCGAUGAAAAUUUUCAUUAUGAGAAUCAUAUUCAUAAAGGAUAUAAAUCACAUCAUAUAGUAGACAAUAAUAUGGAUAUCGACGAAAAAAUGAAACUAGAAAAAGAAUUAGAAUCAUAUUUUAUAAAAGAAGGGUUUUUGUCUCCAAAAGAUUCAAACUUAGAUUAUAACGAUUUUAUGAGUGAAAAAAGCAGCAUGUAUAUUAAUGGAGAAUUGCAAUCUGAUACAUCUAUAUAUUCAGAGAAUACCAAAUCAUUUAAUACUGAAUAUACUAGAAGGGUAAAUUGUGAAGCACCUUCAAGCAGUGUUGAUAUAUUUGAAGAUAAUAAAAUUAAAGAAGUUUUUGAUGGAUUGAUUACUAAUAGGAGCUCAACACAUUCCUUCUCAGCACAAACAGAUAUAAACAGAAUGAAAAAUGAUCGAAAUAAAAAUAUAAAUAACUAUUUAGAAAAUGAAAUAGAUAUUUCUAAUACAGAUAAUACAUCUAAAUAUUCUAUUAAUGAAGAUAUGACAUAUAAUAAAGAUGGUAAUAGCAGCAUCAUUUGUUCUAAGAAUAUUGAACAGGAAAAAAUAGACAGCAUUGAAUAUUUUUUUUCAAAAAAUAAGAAUUUAUUAUUUAUUGAUUUAUUAAAAUUGAAUAAUGACAGGAAAAGGAAUAUAGAAAAAAAAUAUGUUUCAUUUGAGGAUAAACUAAAGGAUAAAUUGGAGUUGUUAAUGCAUAGAGAUUCCGAAAAAGAAAGAAAUAUUAUAGAUAAGAUAAUUUAUUGUUUAGAUCCAUCUUAUAUAAAUAAUACAGUGAAUGAUAAAAAAAGAUGGGAAGAAAAAUUAAAAUAUAUGCAAGAGAAGUUUCUUGAAUCUAUAUUAUGUGUUUCUUAUCCUAAUUCUAUGUGGAAUAAAAAUACAUUUGAAUUAUAUCUUAAAUCAUUAAAUUUUAACUCUUUAUUGGAUGAUACAUUUAUAAAAUAUGAAAAAGAUUUAAAUAUAGAUUUAUUUCAAAAAGAAGAAGAAAUAUUUUCGGAUGCAGGAAAUAUUGGAGAAGGGGGUUUUGGAGUUGUAACAAAAAUGCGAUUUUUAUCGUUUCCUCAAUAUUAUGCAAUAAAAAAAAUAUCAAAAGAUCAUAUUAUAAAAUCACAAGCAGCUGGUCAAGCAUAUUUAGAAGCAAAAUACCAUUCCGUUUUAAGUCAUGUAAAUGUUAUAAAAAUGUAUGGCUGUAUGCAAGAUGAUAAUUAUAUAUAUCAUGUUUUAGAGUAUUGUCCAAAGGGAAGUAUUUAUUCUAUAUCUAAAAAUUUCAAAAAAAGAAUUAUACCUGAGGAAUUAGCAUAUAAAUAUUUUUGUAAUGUAGUAAAUGGAUUAUAUUAUUUAAAUCAAAUGGGAAUAUUUCAUCGUGACAUAAAAAUGGAAAAUGUUUUAGUAGAUCAUAAAGAUAAUGCUAAAUUGUCUGAUUUUGGUUUAUCAGCUAUGAUAUUAGGGGAAAAAAGUCAUUCAUCUUUAUGUGGAACACUUGUAUAUUUUUCACCUGAAAUAAUUAGUGGUGAAGGAUAUGAUUGGAGAUCCGAUAUUUGGUCUUUGGGUAUAUUAUUAUAUGAAAUGUUAGUGGGUGAUGUUCCAUUUGAUGGUACAAAAACUCAAAUAGUUCAAUCUAUAUAUUCAUGUAAUUUAAAUUUUCCAAGUUUUAUUAACCCAUUAGCAAUAAACUUAAUAAAAAAGGCUUUAGUAGUAGAUGUAAAUAAACGAAUCAAAUUAUCAGAAAUUGCAUCAGAUCCAUGGAUGCAAGAAAUGUGGAAAUUAACUUUUCAAAAAGGUUUAAUAGAAUCAAAUGAUAUAAUUAAUGAUGAUUCAUAUAAUUUCAAUUUUAUACACAACAUAAUAAAAUCAGAAUGUCUUAUAAAAAAAAGUCUAAAUGCUUCCUUAAAUUUUCAUACCGAUUCAUGUAGUAAUAAUAAAUUGGAGAGUGUUCUCUCUAAUGAAAAAAUUGAAGCUCUUGAUUCUUUAAUUUUAGAAACCCAACAAAAAAUAGUAGAAUAUUUGGAUCUUGAUGAAUUCUAUAAUAAUGAAGAAACCCUUUCAAGUUUUGAAAAUUUAAGUACAAUUAAAUCAGAAUAUUUACAAUCAUAUUCAAAUGAGCAAGUUGAUCAUACUGAGGAAAUAAAAAGUGAUGAAAUAUUAGAAGAAAAUAUAGAAUCAAGUAAAUUAGACAGUGAAAAUGAUUAUAAUAUGACGCAAAAAAAUAUAUAUGAUAUUCCUAUGGAAAAUAUACAACAACCAUCAAAUAUAAAUAGCAUGAAUAUUGAUAAUAAUAUAAAAACUGACGAAAAUAUAAAUAUAGAAAAUUGUGACCAAAUGAAGCAUCAAUUAAAAGUAACAUCAGAAAAUGAUUCAGUAGAAUAUAAAGCAACUAAUUCAGCUGGAAAUUUAUCAAUAAAUGAAGUAGAUGAUAUAUAUAAAAAUGAAUUUAAAGACCCACAAAUGAAUAAUACUGAUAUGAAAAAUAUUUUAUCGGAAGAAGAAAAAAGAAGUAGCUGUGAAUAUAAAUAUAUUCGAAUGAAUGGUAUGGAUAUCAGUGAAAUGCAAUUUCACGAGGAGAACUCCCAAUGUAGUGAUACAAAUACGAGCGUAAUGAAUAGCCACCUAAGCAAUAAAAAUGAAAUCGAAAAAGAGAUUAUUAAUGAAAAUAAUGAAAUGAAUGAAGAUGAUAAAUGUGUAAAUGCCAAUACUAAUGUAGACUUAAAAAUGAACGGAAAUAGUUAUGAAUCUAUUUUGUGUAAUAUUAUGUUUAAGUUAAGAAAAUUAAAUGAAAAGAAAGGUAAUUCAAAUAUAAUGGAAGAAAUUGAUAAUUUGAAAUUAUCUCUUCAGAACGAUGAAAAUGAAGGUUAUAAAAGUAUCAGUAAUACUAUUAAGGCCCGCUUAGAUUUAUCGAAAAAAAAAAUGUCAGACUAUUUAGAAAGGCAAUGUAGUAUUAUGUCUGAACACAAAAAUGAAAAUGAACUUUUAGAUAAAUCUAAAACAUUUGAAAACGAUAAUAUAUUAUCUAAUGAGAGUGAAAAUCUAAGCAUGGUGGAAAAUAUUGAAAAGGGUGAAGUACAUAAUAAUUCUCCUAUAGAUAAAGAAAACCAAAUAAAUUCUGAAGUUGGUAAAUUGUAUAUACCUAUUUCUGUUACUAAAGAAAACAAUAAAGAAUUCGAAAAUGAAAAUAAUUCUUUCAAAAUAAACUUAAAAAUGAAGGACACAAGCACAGAGAAAAUGACGAGUCAAACUGAUAUUUCAGAAAGUGAUGAUAUAGAAGAAUUUAAUAGGCUAAUGAAAAGAACCAAAAAUAUGCUAAACCGUAAAAUGAUAAGUGAAAAAAAAACGGAAGAUGAUUUAGGUAAUGAUACAAAACAUGCUACUACUAAUUUUGAUAAUAAUAAAAAAAUAAUUGAUGAUAAUUUAACAAAAUUCACAAAGGAUCAUGAAACUAAUACAAAAUUAGAAGAAGCAUGUGUAGUUCCAGAUUUAGGAAAGAAAUCUAUAAGCGAUAAAAAAAAAAGAAAAGAUUGUUUUGAUAAUAAUAAUAAAAAAGACAAAAUGACCUCUAGCAAAAAGGUCGAGAAAAAUUUAGAAAAAAAACAUAAUGGGAAAUAUAAUAAAAAAAAUAUGAUUGAUUAUAAAAAAAAAUAUAGUCAUAAAGAAAGCCGUAUUGGCUCUAAGUUAUCUAUAAAUAAAAAAAAUGUUGCAAUUGAAGAAGAAUCUUGUAAUGAUUUGUUUAAUUUAGAUAAAGGCAGCCUUUACGAUGAAUACAUAGAAAAAAUUAAUAAAUUAUAUCUGAAUUUAAAAAAUAAAAAACUUAUAUAUGAUAACGAAAAGGAUAAAAAUACUGAAAAUAGUCAUAUUUUAACCAAAAAUAUAAAGGGAAGUUUGACCAAUGAGAUCGAUAACGAUUCAAAUAAAUUUAGCAAAGAAGAGACAGAAAGAUCGAGCUUGGAUAAUAUCGACAGACAAAAUAUUAAUGAAGUUAAAGCAAAUAAAUAUGAUAACAAUAUUGUUAAAGAAGAAAGUUUAAUCUUAAGCAGUAAUAAUGGCAGUUCAAAGGAUAGCGAUGUUUUAGAUAAAGGAAUGGAUAAUAAUAAUUUUAAUAAAAAAAAGGUUAAUUUUUGUAAAAAAAGUAGUAUAUCAAAAAAAAAUAAAAAUAUAAUCCAAAACUUAUAUGAUCAUAAGUUAAAUGAUGCUGAAAAUAGUAGAAAAGUAGAAUUAAAUAAUAAAUGUUUAGCAUAUGAUGAUAAAAAAGAAAGUUCAUUUUUUAAAUUGAAAAAAGAUGUUAUAAAUGGAAAUAUUAAAAGUUUGAAAACAAGAUUAACACCUGAUUUUAUAGAACCUAAAAUAAAUACAAAAAAAAAUAAUAAUUCGAAUAGCUCUGCAUAUAGAUAUAGCAGUGAACAAAUUAACAAAAAGGUUAGUAUUAAUAGUGAUAAUAAAAAAAGUAUGUGCAUUUCCGAUAAUAAUACUCUCGAUUAUUCUAUCUCUGACUAUUCAAGUGAUAGAAGUUUUUAUAAAAAGAAUAAAAUAAUGAGCAAGCUAAAUAAUUCUAUAGAGAAAAAAAAUAUAAAAUCAAUAAAAAGUGUGAAUAAAUAUGAAAAGGAUAAAGGUGCAAUAAAUAUGAACAAAUUAGAGCAAUCUGAAUAUGACAUAAUUAAUGCAAAUAAUAAAUAUAAAAUGGAAAGUUCAACUGAAAAUGUAAGUAAAUUUUCAAAAAAAAAAACAAAUUCGCUAUGUGUCUUAAAUUUGAAUAAUAAAGUGACUUUUAUGGCAACGGAAAAUUAUAGUAAUCUUUUAAAUUCUUCGAAUUGCAUGAAUAAUAAUGAUAUCAAAGGAAAUAGAAACUCCUCAAAUUUGAAAAAAAUUGAAAUGUCUAAUGAAAUUAAAGAAAAGACAGAAGAAGAAAAUACUAUGAAACAAAUAAUAUAUGAUGAAAAAAAAAAAUCAAAUUUUGGAAAAAAUGUGAAAGAAGAUUUAAUCUAUAAAAAAAAGUCUAUUAACAAAAAAGAUGGACCAAUACAAAAUCAUUUUAACAAUAAGAUGAAUAUUUCGAAAAAUGAAGCAAUAGUGAAUGAAGAAACUGAUAAUGCUAGUAUAAAAGAAAGAAUUGAUUCACCAUGCGUGCAAAAAGAUGAAAUUUUAAAAAAAUAUAUUAAAAAAAUUGUUUUAAAAAAAACUAGUAGCAAUAGUACUUCAUUAAUAACUAAGGGUAAAGAGGUACAUAUAGAAGAAAUGAUGAAAAAGAACAUUGGAAUGAAAAAGACAAGUAAAGAAACACUAAAGAGAUCAAGCAGUUUCCAAUUAAAUUUAAAAAAAAAUUCUUAUGAUGAUAUACAGAAUAGAAGUGUAACAAAAACAUGUUCUAUGGAAAGUGCUUUAAAAAAGGCUGCCUCAAAUAAUAUAGGAGAAAAAAUAAAAAGAAACAAAAAAAACAAUGAUGAUAUAGUAUUAAGGAAUAAAAAAACAUUUUCAACAACGAAUGAAGAAUGUGAAAGAGACGAAGAUAAUGAUUGUCUAUCUAAUAAUGAAGUAAAAAAAAAUGGAAAUUCUUAUCAAAGUAAUAAACAUAUUUUAUUUGCAAAUAAUUUAAAGAAUUCAAAAAUAAAAGAGUAUUUAAAAAGUAAAAUAGAUCAAAUCAAAAAUAAAAAGGAAUAUAAUCCAUCAUUUAGUGGCAUUGAAAAAAGUAAAGAUAACGAAAGUAACAUAGUUAAUAGUGUUAAUACAAAAAAAUCAAGUUCAAAUAUUAAUAGGGUAAAUAAAAAUUCCUAUCAAAAUAAUAAAAUAGGCACAUAUUUAAAAAAAGGAAAACGAUCAGCAAGUGAAACAUUCUUAAAUAAUUCUAUUAACAAUUGUAAUAAUAAACAAAAUAAUGAAUUAAAAAUUAAAAGAACAACAUCAACAAGUGAGUUGUAUAAAACGGGGAAAAAAAGUGUGCAACAAGCAAAUGCAAAUAAUUCAAAAAAAAAUAAAAUAAAAUAUGGAUUUUCAAGAAGUACGAGUGAAGUUGUAAAAUCUUUUAACAAAACAUCACCACCAAAUUUUUCUUUAUUAUUUGAUACUGAUACUAUAAGCGAAAAAAAAAACACCCCUAGAGCAAAUUCCAUAAAUAAUCCUACUCCUAAUAAUAGAAAUAAUGAUGAUGAAAUGAGUAAAAAAAUCAAGGGAACCAGCAGUAUGAUACAUAAUCAAUAUAAGGAAAAAAAUAAUGAACAGAUGGAAAAAAUAAGAACUCGAACAUAUACAAAUAUAUAUUCACAUAAAAAAUUAGACCUUUCUAAUGUUAAAAGUAAAAUAGAUACGAAUAUUUUUAAAAAGUCUAAAAGUGUAUUAGAUCAAAAUUCUGUAAAAGAAAUUAAAGAAUCAGAUGAAUGCACCACAAAAAUAGAGGAAAUUGAUAUCCCCCCAAAAAAUAAUAAUAAACCUGAAAAGGCACAUAGUAAUAUAUUAAGUUAUAAUAAAAAAAUAUAUUCAAAACAAAAUUCUUAUAAUAAUACUCAUAUAAAUGAUAAGUUAAAAAAGCAUAGUUCUUUAAAUAAAAAUAUAGGUUCUAGGAACAAUAUUAAUUUGGGGUCUAAAGGAAAACAAAUUAAUCAAUUAGAAGUAGAUGAUUCAAAAAAUAUGAACAAUGGUUUUUUAAAGCAAAAUGAUCAUACAAAAAAAAAAAAUAUUACCAAUUUAAUUAAUACAAAAUAUGAUGAAGAUUUGCAAAAAAAAUUUUUAGAUUUGAAUAAUAAACAAAAUGGUGAAAUUGAUACUAAAUAUGGAAAAUCAAAGGAAGAUAAGGAGAUGUCUAAGACAUCUAUACCUAGAAUUAACGAUAUCAACAUGAAUGCAAAUUAUAGAAAUAGUAAAACAUGUGAAGGAAAUAAAAAUGAAAAAUCGAAUUAUACAGACAUAAUUGUUAAUUGCAACUCAAUUGAUAGUUGCAAAAAUAAAGAACAUAAUGAUAAUAAAACAGAUGAAGUAAAAAGAGAAAAUGAGUCUAUAAAUAAAAGUGGUGUAGAACAAGAAAAUAUAUAUGAUGAAAAUGAAACACAUAAUGCAAAAAAAAAAUGUAUUACUAAUUUUUCAUUCAAUAAUUUGAACUGUUUUAUGGCAAGUUCUGAAAUAGAAAAAGAAGAUAUAUCUUACGAAGAUAAUAAGACAAAUAACGAUAUAGAAAGAGAUGUAGUAAUAAGAAGAGAUAUUUCUAAAAAUCGAAAUUACUCAUGUAAUGGGGUAUUUAAUAAUGAUAAAAAUAUAAAUACGUCUGAUGAUCAAAAAAAAACAUAUUCACAAAAAUCGGCUUCCAGUACAUUGAGAGCUUAUGAAAGAUAUAAAAAUGAUGUAAAUAGAUUAAUAAAGGGGAAAAUGUAUAUUGAUGUUUAUACAAACAAGGAUAAAAAUAAUAUUACUAAAGAUAGUAAUAAUAAGAAAAAUUGUACAAAUUCAGCUCAACGGGAAAACGAAAAACAUUCAAAGUAUACUAGUAGCAAUAAUGUCUUUUCUCCUAGUAAAAUUUUAUUAUCAUGCUCAUCUUUUAAAUCUUUUUAUACAGAUGAUGCAAUUCAGAAGCAUGAAAAUGAUGUUAUGAAUAAUAAAAGUAAAGAAAGCAUUAUAAACACUACGAAUGAUAUGAACAAAGAAAAUAUCAUAGAAAACAGCGAUGAAAAUAAUAAUGAUUUAAUUGAGUCUUUUAAAAAAGGAACAUUAUUAUUAAAAUUUAAGAAUUUAAAAAAAAGUGCAUCAAAUAUCGUUUUAAAUAAUCCUUUAGUGAAAUCAUUUAGUAUGCACAAUCAAAGAAAUAUUCUUCCCAAAAUAUGUUCUACUAGCAGAAAUGGAACCACUGAAAGUAUUUUCAGUACAAAUGAAAACAAAACUGAAAAAAAUAAAUUACACAUUAUAAAUAUUGAAGCACAAAAAAAUGGAGGUGUGCUAAAUAGAGAAAAUUUAACAUUUAAAUCUUCUAAUAGUAGAAAAAGUGAUAUAAAAAAAAAUAAUAGUAUACUCAUAGAAAAUAAAGAAGCGAUUUCAUGUAAUAAGGCAUUAAGUUCUUUAUUAUAUAAUACAUAUUCUAGUAAAAGCAAGGCUGAUUUUUCUAAAUGCGAUGAGCAAGUAUUUAAUCAUGGGAAUAUAAUUAGCAUACUUCAAAAUGGACAAAAGCAAUGUAUCCAAGGUAAAACCAGAAGUGGUAGUAGCGUGUCCAGUAUUUCAUUACGAAGUAAAGUUGAUUUAGAUAAAAAAAAAUCAUUUACAAAUACUGCAAAAAUAAUUGAUGUGAUUAUGAAAAAACAAGAUAGUAGAAAUAAUGAUAAAAUUAGUAAUAAUGUGGGCAUAAUAAAUACAAAGGUUGUUAUAGAAUGA